CAACAGCAGCAGCAACGGCAGUAACAGCAACACCGUGAACAGUAACAGAAGCAACAACAACAGCGACUGCGGGCCCAAUGCUGUGCUGUGGCCAACAGAGGAAGACAUUGCGAAAGAAUACACUAUCCUGCCGUGCGUGGAUACGACGAUGCAGACCGAGCAGACGGUCAAACUGAUCAGCGUCUGUUGGACGGAGGAGCAGAAGUCGACGAGCCUGACCUUUGACCUGGUGCUGCUCGUCUUUAAACUACUCGGCAGAUGGUUGACACAGACGCGCACCUCUGUCAUAGCUGUCCAAUGCAGUGAUCAAGGGUGGCUGGACGCCCUAGAGUUUUGCGUCGCUUUCAACGCUAUGUCGGACAUGAAACUCGACGGAAAUGCAGACAUCUUUCUCUGCACCCAGGUCGUCCAAUGCGCCAUGGAAAAAAACCUUACAGAGGCCCAGUACAAGAACAUCCACACCCUCUGCCGCCAAUACCUUGAGCUGAAGACACGAAGACAAUUGGAGCGUAACGCCAGCAACCUGUCGAGCAUCUCGUUGACCAGCAACCACUCGGCCGUCUCCAUGGCAAGCGACGACUUCUCGGCCGUGAGUGAGGCAGGCGACCACCACCUAGACAGCAUUCCAGACGACGUAGAUGAGCAUCCUCUGACUUCCCCGGAGGCCGUUUCUGAUAGUCAUUAUCCUGACGAUAACGGUGCUGAAAUUAUUCUGAGUUCGGGAGACGGUAACGCUAACAAUAGGAUUGAUCCGAAUCUCGACUUUUAUCCCAUUGACCUUGAUUUGAAUGAUUAUGACCUUGGUGUUGACCAAGAGCCCCUAGAAGGUCAAGGUGGUGUCCUUGACCUUGCUGCUUCUGCGGAAAUCUGUUGUCAUGGCGAUUUGCAAAGCGCUUCAGCAGAAAGCACGAGCGAUUAAGAGUCUGCAACACUGCAUCAUGGUGCCCGUUCGGAUCAGACCUCAUGUGGAAUUCAUGACCUUUUAGCUGGGAUAGCAUAGAUAAUUCCCACUGAAGAAACAUUAACCGGAAGGGGUAUUCACAAUGUAAUUCUAGUAAAGUUUAACUAAAAAAUAAAACAACCUCCCUAAAAAAAAAAAAUUUUUAACACAAAAAAAAACCCUCCCCAGUGUUUUCCCUUGAUUGAAUGGACACACUCGACGAGGUUACAAUAAUGUAAUGUAACAAAGAAGACAAACUGGACACUAUAAGGUUUUAUUGUACAUAUUAUAACAUCGCAUGACCCCACAAAUAGUCUGACGACUGAAACUGUCUUUUUGAUCCAUGUACACAGCCCUCGAUGUGAGCUUUUUGAUGUAGCCUACUGUAUUUGAUGCCAUGUUUAUGUGUUUAUCAAAAUUGACCAAUUGUUAAAAAUAAAACGUUUGGAACAGUGAUUCUUUAAAAAUCCUCUUCGAAUUUCCCAUACAAAUAGGCCUAUUGCAGAAUGUGUAGAUUAAAAUGAGAUCUUGCAAAAAAAGAAACCAAAUUAUUAUUUGACCAUUUCAGAGUUUGAAUAAAAAACGAAAAAAAACCCACAGGAACUAAACCUGUAUACUUCCAAAGAAGCCAAGAACGUUUCUGGGUGUCAUCGUAUAAUAUUAAUUAUGACAAUCGUUAUGCUUUUCUUAUUAUUAGCUGGCCGUGUUAGUCAGAUAACCAAUUCUCUUGUGUAAGUUACCAAUAGAAAUACUGAUGCUGAUGAUAGAAACCUGUACACGAGAUUAGAAUCUGUGCUUGGUAAAGUUUGACUUUUUACUACGGUCGUUUUUGUUGUUACAUUGGUCAUGAAUACUCAUAAUGAGGAUGUUGACGUUUAUCCCAUUACUAGACAUAAUGUGAGUUAUUUCCAAAGCGACAGAUCCAUUUCAACCACUUGUAAAAAAAAAAACAGGUCUUUUUUAUUAUCGUUUUUGUUGAAAGUAUGUCAUGACUUUGCUUGUUACACGUGUUUAAAAAUGAAAGCUCUCCUCCUACAGUAUCUAUUUGAAGUUACUUUAUCGGGGUUUUUUUGUGGUAAGUGAUUUACGGCGCUCGCAACUACAUAAGGUCAUAUGAGCGCACUUUAUCGUUCGCAUCUUUGUUACCAAUAAUACAUACAUGUUGAUGUAUUAGACACAUGUCCACAGUCUAAGUGCGUAAAUAAUUAAAACAUUCCUAAAAUCUCAGACGCCACAAUAGUAAAUAGUGGUUAUAUACUCGCCAGGCGUUUUUAAUGCAAAACGCACCAGCAUUUGCAUAUCUUAUAAUAUGACCAAUGGCUGAAACUGACUCCUCGAUAAACAUCAGAGUGAAAUAUGACACAAUGAGCAAACAGCAUUAAGUUAAAUGUAAGCAUGAAUGUAAACAUUUAAGACUUAAAUUUUGAUUUUACCCAUCAAAGUUUACUCUGUCAGUGCAAGAUGCAUUUCUCAAACAGUCCAAUUUUAUUAUCUUUCUCACCAUCACAUUUGGACAAGACAAUGUAUCCAUUAUAAAUGUAUGAUUAUGUAUCAACAAUGAGAACGGCGACUUAACUGUAUCAGAUUUUUCCUCAAUACUACUAAACGUAAGUGUCCAAAGAGUUCAACAAGUUAUCAGAAGAUUGUAAUUUUGUCCUUCAUAACUUUUAAAACGGAUGGAAAUACGUGGUAUGCUAUUUUAUACAAUAUUAUUUUGUAAGCACGAUAAUGAUUAUGAAAAUGCUAUUCUCCCCUUUCUCUUUC